GGCCCGUCGUCAUUUAGUUGCCGCACUCAAUCGAAUCAAGUUGUGUCCGUUUUUAUCUCUCUGUCUCUGUAUCGUCGCCACCGCCAUUCAUCGUCGCUACCGUCACCGUUUGCUGUUUGGCUUACCGUGCAAAAAGCAGAAAAGAAUUUGGUGAAGACAAGCCAGCGUACCAGCCCCAACGUGGCCAAAAAGUGCAGCAGCAUCCCACGCGACCACAGCUGUAUUGGGCGUUGGGCUUGGCCCCGAUUGGGAAGCAGAAAAGGGGUGGCUCCUUUAUCCUUAUCUCAUUCCACCGCACUGUCGAGUGAGUAGUGAUCCAGGAAAAAGUGUUUCCUGACGCAGCGAUUUGUUAUGACCUAUCCGCAAUCACCUUGGAGUUGCAAGAUUUCCGAACCAUAAUUCUGCCCGUAAAGCUCCUAAUACCGUCCUGUGCGUGUUGAUGCGUAGAAUUGGGUGGAGUAGUACCGGUUCGGGAUAUUUUAUUUCGACUUUGUUCUUCCUUCGCACAGCCCCCUCCCAGUGGAUGUGUAUGUGUACGUGUGUGCGCGAAUGUUAAUGUGUCUGAAACGUGCCCGAUUUUAGGUCACAUACUAUCGGCUGGUCUUGUGGAUUGUUCUGCUGGACAGAGUGCUGUGUGUGUGUGUGUGUGUGUUUUUUUUUGCCCUUUUCGCUAAAUCCUUCGCGUGACCUCGCCUUCAAUUUUUGCCGGUGGUUAGUUGUCACCCAGUGUGCGUGAGUAAAUCCGUGUCUAUCACUGUGUCCGUAGGAGGGUGUAUUUUUGUCUCCUAUUAAGAAAAAAAAGAAACCGACCACACAGUGAAAGGUACCGAUAAGAACCAGAGCGAAAAAAAAUCGACAUUCUAGACCAAAGUCCAAGGAGAAGGAGAAGAAGAGUAUCGUUACUGAUACUUUGGUGCUGAGACUAACCGGCAGGCGUUGUCCUUUCUUGUUCGUGGUCAGUCAGGUGUGUGAUUUUCACUUUCCACCCUUCCAGGGGGUGUCGUUACGUUACCCAAGGUGAAUAAAAAAAAUUGGGUGGAUCCCAUUCCCAUUCAUGCCGAAACGGGUGCCUGUAGUGACGUACAUUUGACGUUUUGGUUUGUACGAGUGCUACUUUCUCAUUUCGAACGUACCCUUCUCGCUCCUCUUCUUCUAGCCGUGUAGGCCAAGCGCGGUGAAAUUAGUGAAGGAAUUUAAAUUGUGAUUCGAUUGAGCUUGUCUCAUUUUGUUUCCCUGGUGGACCUAUAUCCGGCUGUAGUGACGGCAUUGUUACCGUUGCAACUUUAGGUGGAAGCUCCCCGUUUAAGUGUGGAUUCUGGUGUUCCAGUUUUACGUUACACGUUUUACGAAACACGCAACUUUUAAUCCAUAGUGAAAUAUCCACCGUGAUUACUCUAGCAGUGCUGUGUACGGCGUAAAGAGGCCCAUUAGAUAAACAACAACUGAAUAAAUCUUCCAUUUAUAAGAUUUUUCUAGUCAGGAGAGAAAGGAGAAAUAGCUGAUCUUCGUCUAAUACUAUAAGAACACGGGUGAUAAACCUUCAGAUUUAUUCGCUGCACAUCCGAUAUAGAUGCAUUAAGUUAAUGCACAUCGCGCUCUGGAGUGUGACGCAGCGCAGAGUGAACGUAUAAACGGCCAGCGUACCUUUUGCAGGAAGUAAAUUGUACAAGUUUUAGCGCUAGCUUUAAGGCGCAACGUAAACAGUGGGAGUAAAACAAUCUGCCAACGGUGGUAAAACGCUUUUCCGGGUGUCCAUCCGGAAUAUCAUCAGUAUUACUAGUGCUAUACUACUAUACAGUACACAAGGCUGGAAUCAACGACGACGAAGCCGACGAAGGCGAAACACGGAAAAUACGACAUCCAAUAAAUUUGCUGUCUUAACUGUAAGGACAUUCAGCGGGAGCAUAGAAAGCGCAGAAGCAAAAAGCCUCACGGAAAGAAGGAAGAAAGCACGAGUGGUCGUUACAAUCAUUUACGGACGCCGCACAACGGUUGACACUUCCAUUAUCGUCGAUAGACGAAAAGCUAACCACCUUCGAAACCGAACCGUCGGCCAAAAAGGGCCACCCUUCGCCGGGUGGUAACUAGAGAAUCAGCUCUUGUUUCGUGUGAGCUAAGGGAAUCCCAGGCAGCAGUGAAACAAAAAAGCGGUAACUGUGUGUAAUACUUCUCUGCCUCCAUCAUCGUCUGUUCAUUGCCGCUUAACUGUGUCAUGAUGACGAACGGAAUCGCUGAUGCGCAACAAAAUGGCGGUGGCCAGGAAGACUCAAAGACCAAUCUUAUCGUCAAUUAUUUACCACAGCAGAUGACCCAGGAGGAGAUACGGUCGCUUUUCUCCAGCAUCGGAGAGGUGGAAAGCUGCAAGUUGAUUCGUGACAAAGUGACCGGGCAAAGCCUUGGCUAUGGAUUCGUUAACUAUCAGCGGGCUGAGGAUGCGAGCAAAGCGAUCAACACACUGAACGGCCUAAGGUUGCAAAACAAGCAAAUUAAGGUAUCGUUUGCACGCCCAAGUUCCGAAGCAAUAAAGGGUGCGAAUCUGUAUGUCUCUGGUUUGCCGAAAAACAUGCUACAGGCGGACCUGGAAGCAUUGUUCAGCCCGUACGGACGCAUUAUCACGUCCCGCAUUUUGUGUGACAAUAUUACAGCACGACAGUACAGCUCCCCAAGUGGUGGUGAAAAUGGUAAUGGUCUUUCGAAGGGUGUCGGUUUUAUACGUUUCGAUCAGCGCAUGGAGGCAGAAAAGGCUAUCAAAGAGUUGAACGGAACCGUACCGAAAGGUUCGACUGAACCGAUCACGGUCAAGUUUGCGAACAAUCCGAGCAGCACGAAAACUGUACCACCGCUUGCGGCCUACCUGGGUCCCCAAGCUGCUCGCCGUUUUCCCGGACCGAUCCAUCAUCCGACCGGACGCUUUAGCAGUGCCAUUCCAAACUAUCGAUACUCGCCGCUGGCAGGAGAUUUACUGGCGAACUCGAUGAUUCCUACCAAUGCCAUCGCGAACGGAUCCGGUUGGUGUAUUUUCGUCUACAACCUAGCGCCGGAAACGGAAGAGAAUGUAUUGUGGCAGCUGUUCGGUCCGUUCGGUGCCGUCCAAUCGGUUAAGGUCAUCAAGGAUCUGCAAACGAACAAAUGCAAAGGCUUCGGAUUCGUAACGAUGACCAACUACGACGAAGCAGUUGUCGCUAUACAAUCGCUGAACGGUUACACGCUCGGUAACCGCGUGCUGCAGGUCAGUUUCAAGACGAACAAGUCGAAAAAUGCGUAAAAUCAAGCGAACCUGCCACCGGAGCUGUUCACCCACUGGCUGGCUCAGCUUUCGAUCGUAGCCGCGGCCCGUAACAACAUCGGUGAGCAAGAGGAUUCACAUCGCCGCAAGACGAUGGACGAACGGCACCGGCAGCAGGAUCCGCUGGGAUUCGGGCGCCGCCGACAAGGCACUCGCGAUAGGGAUCUCGCUGGUAUGCUGGACCAGCGGCGUGCCCUCGAUGGAUGGAUGAGCGAACUUAACGAGCUAUUGAAGAUGCGUCCCAUCAGAUAAGAUCCGUAACGGUGGACCUGUUUAUUUAUUUAUUAAUAUUAUCAUCAUUCUCGCAUUUUCAUUCGUUUUGAGGAGCGGUGCUGAAUGAAUGGCGAGGGAAGACGAUUCGGUCGUAUCAGAUAGCAAACAAACCAAAAGAAGAAGAAGAAAAAAAACAGAAAACAGAAGGCAAAACAGGAAACGAAAAAAAGAAUGUUCAACACGGAAAGUCCAAAGAAAAAGAAGCACGGAAAAAUGUAUACACACAUCAAAUCACAAUUCCAGAAAGUGUGCAACUUCCAUGGCGAAAGCGUUGAGCGUUGUUAGUUGUUCUUUGCACGUUUGUUUCUCUACUGCAACAAAAAUAUGAUGAUAAAAACACAACAGAUCAUUUACAACACAAUGUCCGUCUAUUUUGGGCGUAAAAAUGAAUUGUGCAGAAUAGGGAACUAGGACACGGGAGCGGGGCAAAAAGUGCAAUACUAGCAACAACCUGCGAUUCAGAAGCCAUUUAGUCAGGCUGUUGUGGAAACGUAAUGCAUACCGGAACAGUAAUGACAAUGCUAGACGAAGAAGAAGAAAAAAAAACCGUGAUACAGUUGUGAAAGCGAAAGUGCGUCAAAAUGACCAUUCUCAAGCGGCAUCUCUUAUCGCUAGUCGCCAAGCUCCUCCGAGUCAGUUUUGAGCAAUUGUUAAACGCUCGCUAGCCGAAAAAAGCGUUACAGGGGCGGGAAUAUAAUAGGGAGUGGGGGGAAAAAAGUGGGAGAAGAAAUGUAACUUGUUCGUAAGAAAAUGUAAGGAAGGCAAAACAUUUUUAGAAGAAUUUUACACAAGGUUUUACACACGAGUAAGUAAAAAAAAGCAAGCAAGAAUCACCAAAGCGAGGGAGGAAUAGGAAACAAGAAACGUAAGGAAGAAAUAGAAAGUUUAAAGAAGAAGACGGAAUGGGAGAAUGAAAUGUGAAACAGCAAAACCUAAGGGAAGCCAAACUGAAGACGCACGCUGCACAGGUCGACAGGUCGUCGGCGUGUAUCGGUGUGCGCCCGUCGAACGGGAAUCGGAUACGAUGAUGUCACUAUUGCCUCCAAAGAAGCGUGAAGCCGUUUUUCACUACGAUUUCCUUCCCAUCUUUCUAAGCACUUGCAAACGAAGCCUUGAGUGUUGGUUGCGUUUUGCGCUCCGGCAGCAAUCCGAUGUGCGAACAUGUUAGAUUAAUUUAAUUAACUCAUUUUUGUUCUUUUGUGCGUUUGCGUUAAUGUUCGAUUUGUGUUUCUACUGUCACAUCAAAGCGUGUGAGUGAUCAGUACCGUUUUAUUGUAAGUAUGUGUAAAAUUUGCUUUUGGUUUUAUUAGAACGUUGUCAUUUCGAGUCGACAUACCUAAACGUACAUAAUUUAAAAUUUAUUUUGUAAUGUUCCUUGCUGUUUGCGAUUUUGCCAGUAAUUGUUGUUCGCUUACUCACACGCAGGUGUUAGGUACAAUACCACGAGACUUGCAAUCAUUCACUAUCACAUUAAUUUAUCCAUCCUGCGGUGUUUAGGAAACAGGUAAAGAAGUCUAGGUGGGUUUACCCUCUGUAAUAGACACUCUCGAAUGUUAGUUACUGUGCUUUUGAGUUCUUGAGAUUUGGUUUCUGUUUUUUUUAAUUUAUUGCAAAUUUCACCGUAUCCUUAAAGCUUUUUGCGUGUUGAUGAAAGUUUUAUGAAGCGCAUAUAACCAUGCACUCACACAAUCAAACAACAGGGAAAAAACAUUAAUUUGAAUAGCACGUGUUUGAGUUCGUUUGUAUCAUAAUUUUGUGGGUUAAAACAAGCAAUUUCGCACGAAGCGUUACAUGGCAUAAUUCAGUUGCUUGAUGAUUUUGUUCAAUGUUCUUCAGUGUAAAUCAAUCGAGAAGCUUCGAAUGUAAGAGAGAAAGAGAGAGCAAGAGAAUGGUAGAGAGAGAGAGAGAGAGAGAGAGAGAGAGAGAGCAGAAGUAAAAAAAUGUAAAGUAAAACAGCAAACAAAAAAGUAUCAAAACAUUGAUUCAAACCAAAAUUGUUUAGUAUGUGUUUACUUUAUUUUUUUAUUUUAUUUUUUUGUCACAUGAAUUUUUGUUUGUUUUUUUUUUUGUAUAAUUUUAUUACGUUCAUUGUUAUCUAUGCAUUAAAAGCAACACCCAGUAGACGUACGUUACCUUAGAGCAGUUUAUUGCGUCACGGUGUCCGACCCCAAAACCACCUUGAUCUGCGCUCCCCGUUUCCGUUGCGUUGAAUGCGAACGCAAACUAUUGGGACCAUUGACCAAGUCGUAGCGGAGCGUCGUAGCGUUCGUGCAAAACAAUGGUAGAUGUUUUUUGAAACUGAUUUAAAUCUCUACUCUAGCACGCUUCAUACACGCAUCACACGCGUACGGUAGCAUGCCAAAAAUUUACUGGACUGUGCAGUCUUCUUGCCAAUUCCGCCCAUAAUUGUUCGUAGUUUAUAUACAACACAACACGUCGCGAUCGAUCGAGGUGCAUUAAAUGAGCUAUCGUUUUUGUGAUGUGAGCGUGUGAAACGCUGGCAAAUGGACGAAAGCACGGUUGAGAUUGACUCCUGGCAGACAUUGUUGCAGUGUGUAUUAUCUUUAUAUUUUUCCGUUCGUUUGCGAUUACUUAUUUAUUUCGUCGGCAACCUGUUCGACAACCUAGCACACCGAUAGAAGUAACAAAUAGGCAGAUUUUAGUCCCUGCAAAUAGCGCACCAAAAGAAAAAAAGAAACGGUUCGCAUUCCAUUGAUGGAAGAUACAAACCAUUCUAGAUGUGCUAGAAUUUUCCCGACGACGAGAAACUCUUAACUGCUAACGUAAAACGACGAACUGCUCAAACGAAGGCAAUGAGUAAAUAAAAUGUGGUUGUGCUAGUCGAUACGAUCCCCGGAGGAACCAUAGUGGAGACGGGUGGUACUCGAACAUAACGCUGAAUAUCCUUUAAAAUGGUAAAAGCAAAGAUGCAAUACUAAAAUAGUAAACCACUGUCACGUGGGUACGAGGUGUACUAUAUUGUACGGCAAUACGCACCCACCCCAUACAAUGUGGUACGAUGAUGCAUUAUGCAGAAAGAUCAAUUGCAGGGGGCAAAACUGAUACACCCAAUUCCCCAUGCUCGAACCUGAUCCAACCGAUGAUGAAGAAUCCGAAAUACUAGAAAAAAACAAAAGGAAGCAAAAAACUUAAGCACGCAACGGAACAUAAACCGAGUACGAGAGUCUACGAUAUUUAUAUAUCUAUACACCUAUAUAGUGAAAUACUUUAUGACGCUGUACAAGGAAGUAAGUAAUUAUAUUUAUAACUCUCAUCCGAGUGUGAUGCGAGUGUGGAAAAUGCGCAAAACAAAAGAAGAAGAGGGGAAAAACAGCAACACGGAACAACAACAACAAACAACAACAACUAAUAUUAAACAACUACUACCGUACAUUGCUAGCAGCAGGAGAGGAAUUCAAGCAAAAAAAAAACACAAUAACAGAAGAAAUGGUAAAAAAUUAUUGCAAAAACCAAAACUUAUUAGUCCAAUAGUAUUAUAUAUAUAUAUAUAUAUACAUACAUAUAAUUCAAUAUUUACAUUCUCAGAUAGGAAAAAUUAAUGCAUAAUCGGAUAAAUUUAAUGCAAAAGGAAAGCGUUACGAUUGGCCGUAGCAUCCGUCGCCGGGUCAAAGUGCAAUAGUUAGACGUGUGGGAACCGGCUGAACUAGCGGCCCUGUUCUUGAUAUUGAUUGUCCAUCUUUAUCAUAUUCACUGCAUUCAUUUGAUGUUGUUUAAAUACGCUAAAUACGUAUAGUUCUAUAUCGCAGAUUUUACCAGUAACGUUAAAUUAAUCAGCCCAUUACAAAAACAAAACAGGCACAAUUCCCCCACAGAAAACGCGUGUACACCCAUUACAUUAUCUAUGAUGAGUCCGUUAGGUCCAGAUAUUUCUGUGUGGCGUGUACUGUAGCUGAUGAUCGGAAGAAAGUGAAAUUGAGACACAAAAACACAACAACUACAAAACUCUCCGCUCCCGAACUAAUGAUGAUAACACGAACCGCAUCAGUAUUAUUGUAAUUAGAAUGUAUUUCUGCUUUCCACUGUUUAUGGCGCGAGAAGGCGUAAAAUAGCGAACCUAGAGCAUCCUAGCACAGCAACACUUCCCCAAAAAACAAUGCAGCGAAAAAUGCAAAUGGGUACACUAAUUUAGCGAUAAACCAAUGAAACGAAGUUAGAAUUGUAGCUAUAAAUGUUUAUAUUAUUCAGAAAUAUUCAAUUAUGUGUCCGCUAUUCUUAUUCAAUACCUCUCUUUGUAAUCACUAAUGUUUCAAUUUAACGAUAUCUCUCGUUCUUAUUUACUUGUGAAACCGCUCCAGUAGCAGAAAUCUAUUGACAUUGGGAAAUUGAAGAAAGAGCAGUGAAGCAGAACAUACACAGACAGGAAUGUUAUCUGGAAACAAAAACCUAACGCAUGCCAUUAUGUUAUUAAAACAGAUCGUGAGGAAAAGAUAUGAACGGCGAUAGCGAUAUGUUCUCCAAAGCGCCACCAAAAAAACAGAGAAGAAAAGAUUAUUAGUAUAGAAUAGAACGACGUUUAACAUAAUUUAUAUUCUUCUUCUGCACGUUUUGCGUAACACUUUCUCUUUGAAGGACAGGUUAGGAGCAGUUUAGGGUUAAACAGACACCGCUCAACAGUAAGCACUGCAAUACGGAACGAGAGCAAUGAAAUAGGCAAACGGAACCUUUAGAUAAAUAAAAAUACACCCAGACGGGCAGGCAGCAGGUGCGAUAUGUGUGUAUGAUGGGAAAUUUUCAAGCUAAUCUAUUUUACAUGUUUAGCAAACAUUUUGCUAGUACCGUAUAUAUAUAUAUAUAAAAUAUAUAUAUUAUAUAUAUAUUGAUAGGAAAUGUUUAACGAUGAAACCAAAACCCGUAAACAUAAGUAUUAUUACAAAACCCCCCGCGGUGCAACCCAACCGAUCGGAUUGUGUGCGGACGGUGAAAAAUCAAACCCUAAGUAUUGUAUCGAUAGCUGUCGAUAGAAAAGAAAAAUGUGAUCCCACCAAUGUAAAACCAAGAAAAAAAAGUAAUUGCAACUGUGUAAGAAGAACAACAAAACAAAACAAAACAAAACAAAAAAGCUAACAAUCUAUAAGAAAGUAUUAUGAAUGUGUAGCCAAAAAAACGUAAAGAACAACAUUUUAGUACAGCAAAACGAAACAAAAAAAAAAAACAAACAAAACAAUAUUAGAACAAAAACCCAAUCGCUGCCAACGGCGGUACUAAAAAAAGCAAGCUCUACCCCAGCGAAUCCUAGUGAAGAAGCGACUGAAUUGAACCGUAAAAUACUGAUCACGCUCUAAGCAUUAGGGAACUAAGAACGAACAGCAGCAAGCAAACAUAUGUACCCGAGUCGAACAAACCAUUAGUAAAGAAGGUAACGUCAACGUAAAUGCGUCAAACGCAUUACAGGCAGACGAAAAGGGGUGGUAAAAAAGAUGAAGAAAAAAGUAACUAACAAAUGGGGCAAUAAGAAGGCAAAAACCAAAACAAACAACAACAACAAAAACCACAAAACCACUAUUGAGUAAAUCAUGGUAAAGAAAAGGAAAUAAAAAAUAAACAAAAAUGUUAACAUUUUUGAUAUUAACUUGUAAGCAGAGUUAGAAAAAUAAAAGCAAAACCAACCAAUUUACCAUUUACACGUUGCAAGAAAAGUGAAAAGUAAAGCAAAAAAAAAAAAACAUUUACGUGUAAUAAGUGUAAGAGCAAAACGGAGAGAUUUUUAAUGAAAACAAAAUUUAGGAAAAUAACACCCAAUCGAAAUCAUCCUGCAAGGAUAAUACAAUUGCUAGACAGUAAACAUGAAACGAGAUGUCAGUAAACAAGUGCGGAGGGCAGAAGGCAUUAGACAAAAUUUAAACCCAAAUACAUGUACGCAAACCCCGUUUGCGAACGUGUGCCAACUUUAGCGAAUUGAUCGUGGCGCGUAUAUGAUUAAAAUUGUUAAAAGCAAAACCAAUACUCUGGUGCAAUUGAUUGCCUGCAUAUUAUGUCAUUACACUUUCCAAGGUUUAGUCAUUUUUGGUGUGUAGAAUGAAUUUGAAAACAAAACAAAAAAACGUAUGAAACAAAAGAAAAACUAGUUACCAAGCGAAGUAAAACUAACAACGGAAAAGAAACACGCACACUAUGCAGCACAAGUUAGUAAGUAAAUGAACUAAUAACGUUAUAUCAGGUUAUAUCUUCUACUUGCACCCUUUUUCGCCGUGUCAAUGUUUUUUGCAUCCGUUCCGUGUUUUUUGCGAUUAGGUUAAACCUAAAACUGACCCACCCCUUACCCCUGCUACCCUGGGGUAGCAACCGAACCGAUUCCAAUAGCGAUCACCACCAACAAAGACCCGUUCGUUGAAAAAACAGGUAGCUAAACAGUAAAAAAAAAAAAAAUACAAAUGAAGAAUAAUGGCUUCGGAUCCUUCGGCACACCGUAGUGCAGAAAACAAGCAAUAGCAAUCAAUUUGUCAAAGCAAAGAUGGUUAUCAGUUGAAGGCAGAUUAUGAAGAAGAAAAAAAAGAAACCGGAACGAAAGAGGAAUACAUCCGCCGGAUGCGUGGUGUAGCCCAAAGGUAAACUCGUCGUUACGAAACAAUCCCAACAGUAAGCAAUAAAAAUAUCACAAAAAGCAAAAAAAGGAACUGCGCGGGUGCGGUGGUAUAUACGAUGUGUAAGCAUUUUAAUCUAAUCAUUAUCGAAAUCAGCAAAAUAAAUAAGUGUACCGUGUUCCGAAUAACGUGGCGCGCCGUUUACUAGUCUCUCACGCAGUAGUAGUUCAUAUAUAGUUUCUAUUCCGGAUGCGAUGCGUGCGCGUGCAUUAAUUUAAUCUCUCACUUCACCAAACGAAUGUAAUUGAUUUAUUUACUGAAGAAUAACAUCAACCAAGUAAAGUAAAGAAACAAAACAAAACAAACAAACAGAGGAGAAAAAAAAACCACUAGCUUUAGUUACUCACUAGCCGUAAGACAUAUCGUAACGUAUUAAAUUCUCGUAUUAUUGUCCCUGUUUAUCGAAAACCUCGAAAAAAAAUGUUUGCAGCAUAUUGAUGUCUGGCUAAAAUCUGUCUUUUUACAAUUAUCACGUUGAAAUACAAAACAACACAACAGCAACAAACAUGUGGAAAUAAACUAGAGAGACAAAAUCAGCUAGCAAAAUGCACAGCAGUACCAAUAGAUAAAAGAAAAGCAAAAAAAAAAAACAUAUGACAGAACCAAUCAAUGUAAGCAAAACAACGACAACAAACAUACAAAACAAGAAGAAGAAAAAAACAACAAGAACAACCACAAAACACAAAACAAAUGAAAUGAUUGUAAUAAACCAAAACCUUUAUAUUGUGGAAAAUCCUUCGGCAUCCUGCGCGUGGAGUUGCAAAUGUGAUGAGUUGGGCAAAACAAAACAAAACAACAAACCGGGUCUCUCUCGUGUUACUUACACACGACACAUACAGACACAAACACGAACGAACCACACAACACACACGCAAACACUUUAUUGAAUUUAAAUAAAACUGGAAAAGCAAGGAAACAACCAA